AUCCAUCUUUCACUUCUAGAACACAACCACAACCCCAAACUCGAUCACAAACACGAGAAACCGACAUGGCCGACUCCUCACCAAUCAACGCGCUGUCCGGCGGCACAAUCUCCAAACUCAUCCUCGCUUCAUUCCCUCCGGACGCAUCUCCGCAGCUGCGACACGCAUACGAUGCCAUCGCACUCGCAGCCCACUCCUCCAUGCUGGCCAUUGGCUUCCGACUCGUAGGACUCGGCGAAGACCACCGCAUAGAAGCCACAUCCGACAACGACUCUCCACAACCCUUACCGUCAGAAUGGAACGCAUCAAGUGGCAGCUACGCUUUCCGCUACAAGCACCGGCAAAGCAGCAUGGAAUACCUGGUCAAAGUCUCCCGGAUGGGCAACAAAGCAAUCAUCAUGGGAAUGGGAAUGGGAGACGACAAGACACAUACAAUCGAAGUGAAAGUCGAGGAAUGGAUCAGCGCUGGGAAUCUACCACUCGAACUCACAUCUGAGCAAGACGACGCAUCGAAAGAGGAAGCCAUAAUUGCGAGUUUCAUCAAUGUGGGACGACUGAGUGAUUUUGGAUCUCUGAUGCGGGUGAAAUUGAUUCAGAAGUUGAUUCCAGGUGUGCAGAAGGAGGGGUAUGAAGAGACACAGGAACAGACGGCAGAGGGGAGUAGGAGACAACCUGCUCCUGGGCGGGAGCGAGAUGAUCCACAGUAUGAUCCGCUGAGAGAAGAGCGCGCUCCUCCUGCCCGGCCGUAUCCUUUAAAUGAUCCGCUUGUGCAGCCGCCGAGGAGAGGACCUUUGCCGGAUCCGAUGCCUGGGUUCGAGGACGAGUAUGAGGUGAAUCGGCCUCCAAGAGGUAUGGGCCAGCCAGGUGGUGGCUUGGGGAGAUAUGGUGAGCGAGAUUUGUAUCCACAAGGGCUGGGACCAAAUGACCCAAUGCGUGGUGGUGUAGGGCCUGGCUUGGGCGGAGGUUUUGGCGGAGGCGGGAUGCAUCCUACAUUCGAUGAUCCUCUGUUCGCUGGGCAAGGCCAACAAGGUGGUCGUGGAGGACAAGCACCGCCCGGUGCGAGAUACGAUGAUCCAUUCGGACCGGGGAUGGGACAUCCUCGUGGCGCUGGCAUGGGUGGGAGACCGCCGAAUCCAUUCGGGGGAUUUGGAGGUGGAGACUUCAUCUAGAUGUGUGGUUCCCCAGAGGUCUAAGCUGCGUGUAGGACUCAGGGGCUUGCGCUGAAUGUGUGCCGAAAGUGUAUGAGGAUGACGAAGACGAUGAGACGAAUUACGGUGCACAUGACUGAUGAACAAAAAUGGGUGCAUGGAAAAAUAUAAACCACACA